AUGGUGCAACGUACUUUAUUUGACUAUGUACCAAAAAAGAAAACAAGUCCUGAACGUGUGGAUGUGAACAAGGAAGCAAAAACAGAUGAACAGCAUACACCACCAUCACGUAAGCGCACGUUAGAAGUUGUAUCGGAGUCCGUUAAUGCUACUAAAGUGCGCAAUGAACCUUGUGAGAGUUUGUCCUCACUUAUUCGUGAUCCCGCGUGGUCUGCGUUUCUGCAACCCCUCAUCACGACAAAUAGUUUUCAUAACAUAGAAAAAUUCAUAGAACAUGAGAUGGCAAGUGGAAAAGUCAUUCUUCCACCCAGAGAUUUAAUCUUCUCAGCUUUUAACAGUACACCACUCAAUGAACUAAAGGUUGUGCUACUGGGACAGGAUCCUUAUCAUAAUUUGGGUCAAGCACAUGGAAUGUGUUUUUCAGUGCGUCCUGGUGUGCGUCCACCACCAAGUUUGGUGAAUAUGUACAAGGAGUUGACAACCGAUAUACCAGGAUUUAAGACACCAUCUCAUGGUUAUUUACAACGUUGGGCAGAACAAGGAGUUUUAAUGCUCAAUGCAACACUUACUGUUGAGGCUCACAAGGCAAAUUCUCAUGCAAAUUGUGGUUGGCAAACUUUUACAGAUGGUGUUAUUCGUCUACUUUCUGAAAAACAUUUAAAACCGAUUGUAUUUCUUCUUUGGGGAGGUUUUGCAAGAAAAAAAAUUGCUUUAAUAGAUCAAAAACGUCAUAUUGUUAUUGAAAAUGCCCAUCCUUCCCCUUUAAGUGCAACAAAAUGGUGGGGAUGUCGUCCUUUUUCAAAGUGUAAUGCGGCCCUGGAGAAAUUAGGACAUGAACCUAUUGAUUGGAGUCUACCAAUGACUGUUAAUGCUUCUACAAAGUGA